ACACGUACAUACAUCAGUGUUUUCGUUUUUCACCCAGUGUUGCAACUUGACAGUUUUGUUUCUACUCUAGGGAAGAAUAACUAUGGCGACGGGGAACGCAGAGGAAAGAAACAAUGCAAAUAUCUUACUGACUGGGACUCCCGGAACUGGUAAAACCACCCUUGGUCAGGAGCUAGCCGAUCGGUUGUCCAUGACCUACGUCAAUGUUGGAGAUGUAGCCAAGGAGAAAGAACUGUACGAAGGAUGGGAUGAUGAGUACGAGUGCCCAUUCUUGGAUGAAGAGAGGGUUAUUGAUGAGUUGGACGACGUGUUGAGGCAAGGCAACUGCAUUGUGGACUACCACAGUUGUGAAUUCUUUCCUGAGCGCUGGUUUGACUUUGUCUUUGUGCUGCGGACGGACAACACAAACCUGUACAACAGACUGGAACAGAGAGGCUACACUGGCAAGAAGCUGGAGGACAACGUCCAGUGCGAGAUCUUUCAGACCAUCCUGGAGGAGGCAGUCAGCUCCUACCUACCCAGCAUCGUCUUUGAGCUCCAGAGCAACACGCCCAGUGACCUGGAGUCCAACCUUAGCACCAUCGAGGAGAUGGUCAAACGGUGGAGGUCCAACAAGAGAUAAACGAGAUGUUGGACGCCGAGAGGGUUUUUUUCCUCUUAAAAGCAAUUUUUGCCUCUGAAUACCUCAAAGACGUUUAUUUUUUUGUGUGGGUUUAGAUGCAAUAUGACUGAAGGGGUUUGUAGCAGAAAUUUUCACAGGUUUUUCGUCUUGAUUAGGAGUAGGAGACAAAAUUGACAACUAGGACACAAUUUGACUACCGGCUAUGCCAGCCCAUUGUGGCCCGCAGUGCUGUUUCAAUUCUAGUGUAUUCGUGUGUAUAAAAUAUUGAACCGUCUGACAACUCAAUACUGCUAAUGCAUGUAUUUUGUUUCUCUGUUGCUCAUUUUAUGUAGUCACCUCACAGGAGAGGUAACACAUGCAGUACAGGUUUGCAAGAUCUGCCCCUCUUCGUACGUAACCUCUGUGGUUAUGUACGGCUAGACCACCAAAGUUAUGCUUAAUUUCCUUGUUUUUCCCUAACUAUUAUCUUUCACAGAGGACAUAGGUACAAGUUACAUUUUUGGGCCCAAUUUCACAGCUCUGCUUUACAAAAUUGGUGCUAAUCAUAGCAGGAAAUUCAGUGCAAUUGGUUCGCAUAUUUCACAGGUUAGCAGGGAAAUUUGGGUUAUGCUCAUCCGUAAAUCCUGGAACUAGUCUGUGCUUACUUCAGAAGUGUGGAGUUUUUGCACUAGCGUUGCAGGGGUAGAAUGCUGAUUGUAACUGCAAAAAUUCCGUAGUCAGCACAGCCACGAAAUUGGGCCCAGGUUCCAAUUAACAGGACUUCAAAGCAGAGAAUAUUGCUGCACAGAUUCCAUGUUCCUGCUGAGCAAAAAUCUGCCGUGAACCCGUCACAGGAAGUUAGGGUGCAUUACACUUUGUCUGGUAACCUACUUUUACUUGGCAAAUAUUUGAUUUGCGUAGCAAAUUUCUUUUUGAAAUUAGCCCACAUGCAUAUGUAUCGCGCUGCAAAAUUUGCUUCAACGGUUCAACCAACUCAUCAUGUAUCUUUCAUUUUGCAUAGUUCCUUUGCUUCCAGAGAAUUGGCUUCAGGGUGUUACCCAUACAUUAUGUUCCACUGUAUUCAGACUUCAGAGAAUGUGUUGUUCUUCUGUAAGUUGGUAUUUUUGUGAAAAUGAGUAACCAGUGAAACCCUUGAAAACUUUAAUUUGAAAUUGUUUAUAUAUGUAUCUCAUUAUAGGCUGCCCCAUGUCCCCUCCCCAAAAAAGAUAUCAUUUUUUUCCCGGAGACCUACCAGUAGUGAAUUGAAGCUACAAUAAUGAAACAUUUAACAGUGCUGCUUAAACAAUGAAAACAUUUUGUAUGUGAUAUGUAAUAUGUAUGUGGUGUAAUAAUUUGGUAACUCUUGAUAGCAUGCCAUAAAGUUAAACUGUAUUGUAUUGCAUACUUACUUUACUGAAAUAUCAUUAAUCAGAUUUUAAAUACACCUUUCUUUGAACAGGUUUUUUUUUUUCAAAAACAUUGGUUUGAAAAUGACCAGGGGCAAUUGAAAUCAGUAUCUUUAAGGCCUCCUUUUUCUGGUUCAAGAAAUCUCCAGGGGAGUCAUAGAUUUUUGUGUUUUAUUCUUUCAGCAAUAUUUUCAAAAACUGUACGGCAAACAUUUGUUGGUGGCAUCAUUAGCUGCAGGAAGGGACAGAAGAGCAUUAAGGUUUGGUUUCUCCUUAGAAAACAUGGAGGAAUUGAAAAAUCCCCUGCAACCUCCAUCCCAAGCCCUGCCUCCGUUGUAUGUUGUUUGAUGGUGCAACCCAUGCAAGGUGGUACUGUACUUGUACAUUUGCUUUAAACGAGUUGAACACAGAUAAGAAUAGUACAAGAUCAUGGUUAUAACAAGGACAGUCUUAGGUCCCAAGUCUUUGUUUUCCAUUACUGAAGAUACAAAGUAACUAUUAUAACAAGGUAAUUUUCUAAUGUCCGAAGUACUUUGUUAUAACAGCUUCACUUUAGUCCUCAAUCCUCCAACAUGAUUGGAUUGAGGACCGUUAAGGUUAAGCUGUGUAAAAGACAAUAGGAUUUGAGUGUGCUAAGGAGGGGUCGUUGAGUGUGUGGGGGGGGGAUUUUUUUCUUGAGAGGUUUUUCUGUCCACAUGUCUGGCUUUUCGUGGGUUAGUUUUAAUACCACACCCAUUUUGUUCCUGCAACACUCAAUCAAAACAGACAUUUGAACACGAUUCGGUGGCACACCUAACAUGUCAAAUGCUGACUUCUUUUAAUCAAAAUAUAAGCUCCAGGGCUACUCACCGGUCCUUCAGGAAAUCAGAAGUGAAGAUUAUUUCCUUCACUUUUUCAUGCCCCCCUUGGCUAGCAUUUGUACUGAAUCCCAGCACUGGUGGCAUAGGUGGCAUAACGAUCUUCAAAGGGGGGGGGUUGCAGUUGUGAGAACACUAGGUAUUAGCCAUUUGGCCGAUAGCCCAACCCCAUUAUAGAACCUGUGAAAAAUAGUAGGGGGGGGGAUUUUCUCCUCCCUCCCUUGAAAAGUGAGGGGGGGGUCACUGCUCCCCCCUCUUCCUGUAAACCCUAGAUGUGCCACACUCUUUUGGUUAUGUGAUUAUGUUCCCAAUGACUGUGCAGAUGUCUUAGCUUAUUACCUUACACUUCGCAGUUCAGGAUUUUAUUUUAAAGAAGGGUUUCCUAUAGAUGAAAGAAAUGUUCUUCUGAAAAAUUCACAUCCAGAGCAAUUUUUCUUUUCUGCCAGCCCUUUUUAGAUUUUGAAAUUAAAGUUGCAAAUGUUGCACAUGAAUGGUAGGCUAUUUUGUAUAGAGUGGUUUCUGUAUGAAAGACAGCAUGCAAUCCUGGCUCUAGUUUCAUAGGUCCAGGAAAUGAAGAAUGUCACUGUAGCCUACAGAAUUUGUUGGUCAGCAAAGCAUUGAAAUUGGGCCCAGUAAAUGAAGUUCACUGAAAAUCAUGCAUUUCCUCUUUUUUUGUGAAUAUAACAUGCUGGAAAUUUGACAGACCCACUUUUCUGUUCCACGUUAUCUGGUGGAUGACAAAAACAUCAUAAAUUGUUACUAUGGAUUGGUGUUACUAUUGUAGGUUAAUGCAGUAAUAAAAGUAGUUGAAGAUGCUAAUAAGGUGUUU